AUGACUCUAAUCACACAAGUUGAAGCUGUUCUGAAUGACAGACCGCUAACCUACGUCGGUGACUUUGAUCCGUUGACUCCAGCGCACCUCGUCCAUGGUCGCCUAAUGACCACUUUGCCAUACUCACGCGUAGAUGAAACUGAACUGAUUGAUCCGGACUUUGUGAUAAACGAAAACGCCAUGAGAAAGCGCGUGAAGCACCUCGCUUUUUUAUUUCAACACUUCUGGGAAAGGUGGCGAACCGAGUACCUCCCUGCGCUUCGCGAAAGGCACUUAGAGAAUUGCGGCGGGAAACUUGAAAACACUGUCAAAGUAGGAGACGUUGUUCUUGUCCACAGUGAUGAAAAACGCAGACUGUAUUGGGACUUAGCAAUCGUGGAAGAACUGAACUAUGGGAAAGACAAUCUUGUCAGAUUUGUAAUAAUCAAGACUAAAAAUGGUCGAACUUCGAGGCCAAUCGCAAAACUCUACCCACUCGAAAUUAUGUGCAACACUCCUCCGAAAAAACAAGAGAAUGACAAUGCAAAACCUGAAUCUGAGCAAUCGGACAAUACGAGAACUCUGUUGCCUCGCCGCGCCGCAACCGAGGCACGCCAGAAAUUGCUCCAAGCUGAAGUGCUCAUCUUAGAUGUAAAACACUGA